GGCGCGGGUUGAUCCUUGAUUUGUGGAAAACGGGUCAUGAAAGGAAAUCUGGUUUGAUUCUCGGGUGAAAUUAUGGAGCUAGUGCAGGACUACGAGCAGCAGUAUGCCGUGCAGACGGCGGAAAUAACGGCCCAGAUUGGCCGGAUUGCACUCGCGAGUGGAGCGGAACGAAACAAACUCAUAUCGGACGUUGAUCGGCAGCUGGAGGAAUCGCAGGAACUGCUGGAACAGAUUGGGCUGGAAAUUCGAGACAUCCCACAGGGGUCCCGGGCCGCCUACACGUCGCGAUUGAACUGCUAUCAGGCGGAAUGGAAACGGUUACAGCAGGAGUUUGGCAACGCCAAGGCAGCUCGACCGAAGGCUGGUUACGAUUCCUCGGUGGAUGAUUUCGAUGAAAUCGGCAUACAGGAGGACCAAAAGCGGCGACUGCUGGAUAAUACGGAGCGGCUGGAACGAACCAGUAACUAUCUUAACGACGCAUAUCGUGUGACUAUCGAGACGGAGCAGAUCGGUGCGCAGGUUCUGUCCGACUUGAGUCAACAGCGGGAAACCAUACAACGAUCACGUGCCAGGCUCCGAGAGACCGAUGCCGAUCUGAGCCGCUCUUCCCGUAUCCUGAACUCGAUGAUAAUGCGCGCGAUGCGGGAAAAGUUCAUCCUAGUGGUGGUUAUCGCUGCAAUAUUUUUGGUGCUUGUUUUUAGUAUUUAUUUUUCCAUUUCCUAAACCCCGGCUUCCACCGGUGUUGCGGUGGACGUCCGAUAAGAGGUUUUAGUCGAUUCCGAUUUUAUGUUAUCAUGUGUACACUAACGAAGAGAGGUCAACACGUAUUUCUUUAGCUCUGUUGUGAUAUUUUCCCCUGCCCACCCGCGGCACGAUCCGUAGCUGAUUUUAGGUUUUCAAUGUCCAGUCGAUAGUGCACCGAUAAAUAUAAUAAUCUUACAUCUUACUGCUGUACAAUAAAGUCGAUUUGGGAUCAUUUCGAA